GACGACAUGUUCUGCAAACAGGAUUGCUUCUCAACUACUCAAUAAAAACCUACUGAUGAUACAAAUUAAGCCCACCCAACUCCAUUCCCACUAGGAACGCCUCUCUCUCUCUCUCUCACUCUCCCUCCUACACACACAGACAAAUAAAACGUACAGUUUGAUUCAUGGAGCAAAGAGCAUGGACUCAGCAACUGAGAAUUUGAGGGGAUCUUUUUUAUACCAGUUGUUUGACAGCAUGGAUUUGAAUUUAGAAUCUGAUGGGAACCAAAACGAGCAAGAACAACAAAAGAGACAUCUUCAUGUGUUAGCUGUUGACGAUAGUCAUAUUGACAGAAAGCUGUUGGAGAGGCUCUUAACUGUUUCUUCAUACCAAGUAACUUGUGUGGAUUCUGGGGAUAAAGCUUUGGAGUAUCUGGGUUUGCUUGAGAACACAGAUAAUGAUUCCACAACUUCUUGUUCUUCCUCUUGUUGCACAUCCUCUUCAUCCUUGUCACCGCAGCAGGAGGCCUCCAAAGUCAACUUGAUCAUGACGGAUUAUAGUAUGCCAGGGAUGAGCGGCUAUGAUUUGCUCAAAAGAGUGAAGGAAUCUUCAUGGAAAAACGUACCAGUGGUGGUCAUGUCAUCAGAAAACGUACCCUCCAGAAUCAAUAUGUGUUUGGAAGGAGGAGCAGAGCAGUUCUUGUUGAAACCUGUGAAGCUGUCAGAUCUAAGGGAGCUUCAGUCUCACAUUCUGAAUCCCCUUAGCAAUUCUUGUAAACAUUUUGACGACAGCUUCGUUGAUGACAAUACGAACAAUGGUAGCCAUUCUUGUAAACAUUUUGAUGAUAGCUUCGUUGAUGACAAUACGAACAAUGGCAACGACAACAAUGACAAUGACAGCGAUAAGAAGAACAAUAACAGCAACAAAAGGAAGGCAAUGUCUCCAGAUUGCUCAGAGAGAAGACCCAAGAUUACAGAAUUAGUUGUGUUAUAGAUUUUUUUUUUGGGUGGGGCCAUUAGGCUGACCGCUAACCUCUUAGUUGUGUUGGGUGUUUUUUGUAUAACAAUA